AUGAUGAACUGCAUCACGGACUUCUUCACCUACGAGACAACCAAGUCUGUGGUGGUAAAAAGUUGGACCAUUGGCAUCAUUAACCGGGUCGUUCAGCUCCUUAUCAUCACAUAUUUUAUCGGAUGGGUGUUUCUGCAUGAAAAAGCAUAUCAGGAGAGAGACACAGCAAUAGAGUCAUCGGUCAUGACCAAAGUGAAGGGCUUUGGCGUGUAUAAUAAUCGAGUUAUGGAUGUGGCAGACUAUGUCACUCCCACGCAGGGCGCCUCGGUAUUUUGUAUCAUCACAAAGCUGAUCACCACCGAAAACCAGGUCCAGGGUAAAUGUCCAGAGAGUGAAAAAAAGUUUGAAUGUAAGGAGGACAGUGACUGUGAGGUACACAAAGCAAAACCCGGAGGAGGAAAUGGUUUGAUCACGGGUCGGUGCGUGAACUUCACAAACACCACAAAAACCUGCGAGAUCAAUGGGUGGUGCCCAGCAGAGGUAGACUACAUCAAAACAGAUCCUAUGAUGGAAGUGGAGAACUUCACCAUAUUCAUUAAGAACAGCAUUCGUUUUCCCCGCUUUAACUUCACCAAGGGUAACUUUUUACCUAACAUCACCAGCACCUACAUAAAGAAGUGUAAUUUUGAUUGGGUGAACAACACCUACUGUCCAAUAUUUAAAGUGGGAGACGUAGUCCGAUUUGCUCACCAAAACUUCACCACCUUGGCCAACAAAGGAGGAGUGAUAGGCAUAAAGAUAACAUGGAAUUGUGAUCUGGAUAAAUCAGAGGAAAACUGUAAUCCUGCGUAUUCGUUCACACGACUCGACGCAAUGUCUGAGAAAAACAGCGUGUCUACAGGUUACAACUUCAGGCAUGCUAAGUAUUACAAGAUGGACAAUGGGACAGAGUAUCGCACACUGCUGAAAGCCUACGCUAUCAGGUUCGACGUGUUGGUAAAUGGCAAUGCCGGGAAGUUCGAUAUGAUUCCCACACUGAUCAACAUGGUGGCUGCUUUCACAUCAGUGGGUGUGGGAACGGUGCUAUGUGACAUCAUUCUUCUGAAUUUUCUGAAAGGAGCUGACCAAUACAAAGCUAAGAAAUUCGAGGAGAUAUCGGACAAACAAAUCGAGAGAACCUCCUCCUACACUAGUCCAAUGUACAGGACAAGAAGCCAGUUGUCACUGAAACCUGAAAUCAAAUAUUCAAAUGACUCAGGAGCCUUUUCGCUAGAACAGUACGGUUAA